AUGGACACUUCGUUAUCUACUACCUCAAGUCGCGACAGCUUCGGCUGUGGGAAGCAAGGGUACCGACGAUUCGAGUGCCCUAAUUGUAAGGACAAACCUUACACAAAACGCGCCGAUGCGCGGGCUACGGUUGCCUCGGGAUCCACCCAGGCCGCGACAAGCGCCCCCGUCACGACAACACCCUCGGCAAGUAUAAGUGCCGCUUCAGCGAAAUCCGAGCAAUCGGAGCUGGCGGACUUAAUGGCACAGGUGAAGUCGAUGCGUGAGGAGCUUGAGCACUAUCGGGCAAUGAAGGAGGAGGGUUUUUGA